AUGGAAAAAGUGUUCAUCUAUUAACACAAGAGUAAAUAAUUCAAGUUCUAGGAAAUGUAUAUAUAUGAUAAUGUCAUCGUUGUCAAGAAUGUAUAUUAUGAAUUAAGCAAAUGUUACCAUGAGAUCAAAUUAACAAAGACUAAGAAUUGCGAAGGACUUUAUUUGAUCGUCUUGUUUAAUAAUUAAGGAAAGGAAUUUAUUAUAGCAAAUAAUGAAGAACAAAUGAAGAGGAUUCAAGUUCUCCUGAAAAGAUUUUGCAUAAACAAGAAUUAUUUUGGAAAGUAUUAAUUAUUACAAAGGAGUUGCCUACCCAUAUCUUAAGCUAUCAAAAAUAAUAGUGAGGAACAUUGCACUUAAGUUUAUGAAAAAAGGCUUCUAAAGGAUCCCAAAGAGUUCCAAAUAUUUCACAAUUCAAUUACUAUAAUGCACACCUUAAAAACAAAGCAUAGCACCCCAAAACUAUAUGAGGACAAUUAUAAAUAUUAUAUCCUAGGGGAAAAGAUGAAGCUACAAUCAUUAGAGAACUUGCUAUUGAAUGGAUUCGAUUUCCAAGAGGUGCCGUUCGUAUCAAUAAUAUUUAUGAUCUUGCAAAAUUUAUAGAAGUACUAACAAAGAAACAUUUAUCAUGGAAAUAUCAAUCUUUCAUCUAUUUUCAUCAAUGUUGAGAAUGAAACUUUAGAAAUAGUUAUACUUUAUCCAAGAUAUUUAGAGGAUAGCGAUUUUACUAUUGAAAACGAUCUUUAUAACUUGGGAAUAUUAAUAUAUCAAAUUACAUUUUAUACAAUGUCAAAUAGAAUUAAUUAACAUGUUGAUUUGGAUUUGAUUGAUAGAAUUCAUAAUUUGAUGGCUGAUUAGAAUUACAAAGAAAACAAAUACCCAUAUUUGUAUAGAGUGAGUUAAUUAGAUCUCAUAAGAUAAUUGUUAUAACCGAACAUCAGUUUAUGUAGAGCUAUAAAGCAUCAAUGGUUUGUUACUAUAUAGUAAAAUAUCAAACAUUAGCAAAUUCAUUAAUAGUUAAAUCCAAUUUUCUUGCCAACUAUUGUAGAGAUCAACGAUUCUUUGAUAAAUUCUCCUCAUGUCAAAGAGGGGAGAAUAGUAAAUUUCAAUAAUUAAUAAUUCUUGCAAGAUCAAGAUCCUGAAGAGUAUUAACUAAUCAAAUGCUAGAUUGUGAAUACGAUAAGGAUGAUUCCUUCUAAAAGGAAACAUGAUGAAGUAAGCCAAUGUGUGGUUCAUAAUUCUAUAGUAAAAAGAACUUCUCUGACUGAAAUUACAAAAUCAACCACUGUAAAAUGA